AUGGCCAUCUCCCAUUCAUGGAGACGUGCAGCUCUCACAGCAAUCGUCCUACUGACCUUAUUCCUUCUGCUGCGGCAUGCAUCUACCUCGUCAAGCCUUCCUUUGACCCAAGAUGCGGCUGAAAGAGAGCAGGUCUCGAGACCCUACCCUCCUCCCAAGCCCCCGAACGUCAUUCAGGAGUCUCAGCAAGCCGUCCACGACGUGGCAGGCAGACCUCUACGAGAAAGGCUACGAUACCAUUUCCCCUACGACAUCGAGGCCAAAUUUCCUGCUUACAUAUGGCAGACGUGGAAAUAUGGACCGGAUUCAGGAAAGUUUGAGGAGAGAUUAAGACCGUUUGAGGCCUCGUGGUCAAACCUACACCCUGGCUUUGUCCACGAGGUGGUGACGGACGACGCUGCGUUACACCUCAUCAACUAUCUGUAUGCCCCAAUGCCGGAGAUCGUUCAAGCAUACGAAGCCAUGCCGCUUCCUGUCAUCCGGGCCGAUUUUUUCCGCUACCUGAUUCUCCUUGCACGUGGCGGGAUAUACAGUGACAUCGACACCCAAGCCCUCCAGUCGGCUACGGAUUGGUUGCCGCAAAACCUGGACAAGUCCACCGUCGGCUUGGUGGUGGGAAUUGAGGCCGACCCAGACCGACCAGAUUGGAACCUGUGGUAUGCGAGGAGGAUUCAGUUCUGCCAAUGGACGAUCCAGGCAAAACCAGGCCACCCAGUGUUGAGAGACAUUGUUGCCACGAUUACCGAAGACACAUUGGCCAUGCAAAAGGCUGGGCGCCUCCGCAAGGGUAAAGAACCCACCAAGAGCAUCAUGGAGUACACCGGACCAGGUGUGUGGACGGAUGCGUUGUUUUCAUACUUUAACAACCAAGAAUAUUUUGAUUUCAGCACCCGAAAAACGAAUGUAUCAUACCCCGAUUUCUUUGCCAUCACCGAGCACAAGAAGAUUGGCGAUGUCGUGGUGCUGCCAAUCACGAGUUUCAGUCCAGGCGUAGGUCAGAUGGGCUCAGAAGGACCCGAGCACCCAAUGGCCUUUGUGAGACAUGACUUUGACGGAUCCUGGAAACCCGAAAACGAACGCAUGAAGGGUGAUUGA